AUGGCUUCUCUGAAACCACUUCUGUUAAUAUGUCUGUCCGUCUGUCUGUUCGGAAUCUCGGAACAAACGGAAUCUAAGUACGCAGAAAAACUUCUAUUAGUUUCUAUGGACGGAUUCCGGUGGGAUUAUCUAGAUAAAUUCGACACGCCAAACUUUGACAAAUUUGCUAAAAAUGGUGUGAAGGUCGACUACAUGAACAAUUCGUUUGUUACCAAAACCUUUCCGAACCACUACACCAUAGUUACAGGCGUGUAUCCGGAAACGCACGGGAUUGUUGAAAAUCGUAUGUACGACCCUGUGCUGGACGCGAAGUUCAAGCUGAGCACGAAAGGCACGGCAUGGUGGGACCAGGCUGAACCCAUCUGGUGCCGGGUGAAGAGGUUCAAUUUAACAUCGGCGACUUACUUCUGGCCCGGAAGUGAGGUGAAAAUCAAUGGGAUACGGCCCGACCGCUGGUUGAGAUAUUCCAGAAGCACGCCAUUCCGCAAACGUGUCGAUGAUGUCAUAGACUGGUUCGUCAAUGACGCGUUCAACUUCAUCACGCUGUACUUCCCGGAACCCGAUCACACCGGACACGUGUAUGGCCUAGGUUCCCCGGAGUUGAACGAAAAGGUCGAGGAAAUGGAUGGAAUAUUGGGCUAUUUGAUGUCAAAGUUAGAAGAAACUGGACUGAAAGACAAAGUGAACGUUAUUGUCACCAGUGACCAUGGCAUGUUUCCGAUCAACGUCACACACCAGGUUGUGGAUAUCUAUGAUUAUGUGAAUAGAUCUCAGAUUCGUAGAAUUCCCUCGCGAGGACCAGUCGCUCAAAUCCAGCCCGUGGACGGACAGACGGACGCGGUGGUUGACCAACUGAGUAACGUGUCUCACAUUACAGUGUACCACAAGCGAGACAUCCCAGACCGACUCCACUACAAACACAACAGGAGGAUUAUGCCAGUGUUGGUGAUGGCCGAUGAAGGAUGGCUGGUAACCGAUAACAAAAAGUCGCUGGCUGGGCAGACAAAAUACCGAUCCACGCACGGGUGGGACAACUGUCUCAUGUCCAUGAAGUCCAUUUUUCUAGCCAGUGGUCCCAACUUCAAGAAGAACGCCCGAUUUAGUCCAAUCAGUAACGUCGACAUAUAUCCUCUGAUGUGCGAACUUUUGGGAAUUCCCCCAGGACCGACCAAUGGCAGUCUUGAACGCGUCAUCGACUUUAUAGUUGAGGGAACCACCCCUGUAAUUAAAGAAACCACCCCUAUGACUGAUGGAUCCACCCAAGUUAAUUCGGUAACGUCAGUCCGUAUUGCAUGGAUUGUCUUGCUUUUGGGGUGGAUAUUGACUGAAUUUUAGUGGCUGUAGUGAAAACUGGAUCUAAACACGUUUUUACUUAUCUAGGUACUCGACACACUUUGAUUACGGUUAUAUGGCGUCGAACAUAAUACGGUUAAGGAUCAUACAGACAAUGAGAGAAGAAACCCGCUCCCAACACUCCAUGUGCUACUCUAUUGGUUUAAACAAUAUUUAUUUUGCAAAACAUAAUGGGAUUGGUCAACAGACUUAGCCUAGAUAUACUCGUAUAAUAAGACCUCUCUCUACAUUGUACAAGCGGAUACAUAUUAAAAUACAACAGGUCGACCUAUAUAGACUUCAACAAAGAGGAAGAAAAAGAGAUGGCGGAGAAGGGGGGGGGGGGGGGCUGUAGUGUGCGUAGAAAAGUGCAGCAUUCUUACAUUGGAUUGGGUGAUGUCUAGCAAACAGUUUGUGUUACUUUAGCAAUAACGAUCAAUCCCCUUCAGUUAACUAUUUCAUGUUCCAGUGAUCCACAACUGGUGUAACAAAAGGUCGUGGAGUGUACUGUCUUGUCUGUGGGAUGAUGCAUAUAAACGAAACCUUGGAUCUAAUCGAAACGAGUAACACAUGACGCGGCGGAAGAGGGUUGUGUCUCAUCGUCUGAGUGGUCCUUAGCCAAGGUCCGACGACGUAUCAGAUAAACACGUCGAUAAAAAUAUGUUGAAUGAUUUGUCUUACAAUAUGAUUAUAAUACAUUAAUAAAAGGAAGUUAAGACUGGC